CUUGUUCGUGGUUAAGAAGUUUUUGCCGCUGCUGUUUCUACUAUUGGGCAGGCCGCAGUUGACGAGGUCUCAGUGUCGUCACCGCCAGUCGAUCAAAAGAGAGCCGAAGAGCGAUAGCUAUAAUCAACCCCAGCUCUUAUCGCGCGCGCUAUACCAGUUCUUGUCACUCACUAUAUAGGUCCCCGUUCUAGAAAACGUAGGUCAGAGCAGAACUCUGGCUACUCUUCACCGGCACCCCUCAAUGGCUCUCUACAUUUAUGGUGUCACCGUAGAUUUCAGCAAGUCGAAGACGAAUAUAGAAUCUGCUGAAGUGCGGAUUGGCGAAUUACAUUCGCUGAUUGAAUACAAAGCAGGAAAGAGUUUGCGACACGCGUUUUCUUCGCCCAUUGUACUUCCUCACGGGCAAUCGUUUUCUUUACGUAUACGGCAUAAGAGACAUUUUCUGAAAAUCAAGCAUCGUCAUGAGGACAUUACGUUCAACCCAGAUGAAAUGUUCCGUGCGUAUAAUGCAAGUCAACAAGAAUACACCAAGGUUCAUAACGACAUCACGAUCGUCGUCAAGCUUUCCAGUGAUACAACAACUGAACAGGCUGAGCAGUCUGUCUCCCCCGAUCAAAACCUUCAGCCUACUACUUUCGAAAUAUUCCAGCGCUGUCCUCGGUUCCGAAUUCUAGUGAUAGGAAAGGCUGGCGUUGGCAAGUCAUCGCUGAUCAGCCAGGCAUUUGGAGUAGAAAAAGAUAUGGUUGCGCACGAUAGGCCAGGCCAGGCUGACAUCGACCAAGAGCUCAUCUCACCUCGGAACAAAAGGUUUGUUCUUCACGAUAGCAAAGGCUUUGAACCAGGGGACGAAGACAACUUCAAAAUAGUCCGAGAUUUCAUUGACCGUCGGAGAAACAUGACUCAGGAACAUCAAUUGCAUGCUGUUUGGCUUUGCUUUGAGAUACCCCGUGCAGGCGGACGUUUGCUAGAGGUUGGAGUGGAGAAAUUCUUGGAAUCGCAAGAUAGUGGAACGCUGAAAAAUGUUCCCGUUAUCGUCGUUCUUACCAAGUACGAUAUGCUCAUCGAACGCAUGGAGCGAACUCUAGGUGGAAGCUCUUUGAGCGAUGAAGCCCACAAGGCACGCGCGAAGGAGAAGGCAGAAGCCUGGCUGCAGGAUACCUGCAUUGGACCUCUAGAGCAAUUUGCAGAGCUUGAUAUUCCCAACGCUAAGAUCUCUACCGAAGAAGGCUAUGAAGAGACGCUCACCCACCUGAUCCACAUAACUGAAAAUCGUGUCAGUCAGCACCCUGCGUCCGAGGCCUCAGCGACGACCUCCACCGCUCAGCACUCUGCGCCUGAGGCCGCGGUGAUGACCUCUAUCGCUCAGCGAUUGGAUCCUGGACUCAAAAUAAAGGCAUCAAUCGAAGUUGGCAAGAAAAGGUACUGGAAAGCGCUUGCGUCAUGCCCAACGUUCAAGAAUCGCAAGAUGUGGGAUUGUCUAUAUGUGCUUCACACUGACAUCGUCAAUGUGUGGAACUUCCAUGACCCUCAUGAUUACUUGCACAGUCUAGAGUUCAGGAAAUUGAUGACGACCAUGGUCGAUAACAUACAGGUUGGACCCACAACUGAUCCCACCGACGUCAAGUUUUCAUUAUCCACGGUGAGCGCUAUAUCCAUAGUGGGCGCUAUUGCGGGCAUCGUGUCCGCCCUGGCGGCACCUGCGGCUCCCAUCGUAGUACCGAUAGCAGUAGGUGCCGUACUUGCCGCAUGGGUUUGGGAGCUAUACCAGACAUCCCACCUGGCGCUUCAGCGCUUCAUGGCCUACAUCAUUCACUUGACACUCGUGUUGCAGACACUUUUUAUCGUGUUAGAAGGCCAGCAAAUCACUCGUAGGGCAAUCAAGCGCGUGGUUGAUUCCUACCGCACCUCCGAAAUGAGCGGACGAGUUCUUACUUGGAUUCAAGAUUAUGAUAAGCAAUUGAACAUCCUGGAACGCGCGGAUCGCGAAAUCUUGACUAAGAUCACUGAAGUGAUGCGAAAGUGCGAGAUCGAUGGGGCACAACUAUCUGAACUUCGGGAAAAAGUUCCUCGUGUGGAUUUGUCGUCGGACGAAUCAUGGUAAAUCGAGAAGUCAUAGUACUCGGUUGUUUCUUCCCUGGAUAGUUUUGCGCGUGGGCGGAGAUCUCAGUGCUGACGCGAUUGCAAACAUUGCUCGCUUGUACUAUGUAACUGGAUUUAUGACCGCAACACUGUAGACUAUGAUACACUGUUGUAUUAUUGUAAAUUAGGUUUACUAAUAGCUACAGCCUGACUUGAAAACUCACGACAUUUGUAUAGUAACUUAGUAGUAGUCCAAAGCUAUAGUCUGAUAUACGACUAGAUAUCAUAUCAGCGAAGAGCCUUUCAAUUAUCUCGCCGCGCGUUCCAUUCCAUUGAUCAUCGUCCGCCUCCUACUCAUCAUUAUUCGCACG